AUGCCUCCAAUAUGUGCUGCACGCUAUUGUGCAGAUGCACCAAAUAUUCUCACAACAACUUCAACAACAACAGCAACUACAGCAACCACCACAACAACCACACCAACUCUCUCUCCUCAAUGUUAUAAUUACACAACAAUUGAUGAUGAAACAAGAAAUAUAAAUGAACUCGGUACUAUGGUUUGCGAUCAAAAUCUUUUCAGUUCCGGUCCAAGUUGGAUUCGAUUUACUGGUGCUGGUGGUACCCAAAUACUUACGGAAGCUGUUAAACCUGAUAAAUGCAGUACUCAAGCAACAGGUUGGUAUUCAGAAAAUUCAUUCAAUAUAUCACCAAAUGUUCACAUUGUUGAUUUGAAUGUACCAAUUAGAGCUAAGUUUCAAUGUAUAAAAACAAAGAAACUACUUCAUAAUAUAAGUGCUAAUAUAUGUUUACAUGAAACAAAAAAAGAUAAAUAUAUUAGUGGUGCAUUUAAUGAUUCAAUUUCAAUUUGGGAAGAAGAACAAGUAACACAAAUACUUCAACUUCUUAUUCAUCAUCAACAUCUUGAUUUUAUUGAUCUUGGUGCAAAUAUUGGCACUUAUACCAUGUAUGUAGCUGCUCUAGGUCGUUUUGUUUUGGCUAUUGAUUGUUUUGCUCCUAAUCUUAUACGUCUUGCUCGAGCUAUUCAAUUAACUAAUGUUUCUAAUCAAGUCAUUCUUAUUCAAAAUGCUCUUUUUACUCAUUCAGGUCAAUAUUUACGAUUAUCCAUUGAUACAAAAAAUAUUGGAGGACAAGGAAUAUAUUUAUCGAGCAAUUAUUCAUAUAAAUAUCGUACAAGAAAAAAUUCAUCUACAAAUAAUCCGUAUAUAGUUAAAACUAUAAUGUUUGAUGAAGUUCUUCCAAUUUUAAUAAAACGUGGUGUUCGUAGUGCAUUAAUGAAAAUUGAUAUUGAAGGUAGUGAAAGUUUUGUGGUUGAAAGUGGUAGUCAUAUAUUUGAUACAUUGGAUAUUCCAUUUAUUCAAAUGGAAUGGCUCAAAGUUCGUCAUUAUAUUGAUCGUGUUAAAGUAAUUAUAGAUUUUUUUAGUAAACGUUAUUAUUAUCCAAUAACAAGUUCAUGUCAAUUGUUAAAUACUCGUGAAUAUAAAAUAUGGCCAAAUGAAAUAUAUUGGUUGAAAAAGAAUUUUUCGAAUUUUUGUUAG